GACCAAAAAGGUGCGCAACUAUAUCUUGGUAUUAAUCAUUGUGGAAUUCUAACGUUUCAAGGAUCUCGUAAGACACACCAUUUCCGCUGGCCGGAGGUUCAAAAAAUCAACUACGAAGGCAAAAUGUUUAUUGUACAUUUAACGAUAAGUGAGGACGUGAGGACGAAGAAAAAGCACACAGUUGGGUUUAAGUGUCCCACGGGAUCGAACUGCCGCCACGUAUGGAGAUGCGCCAUCGAGCAAAUGUUAUUUUUCACAUUAUCUAGAGCAUCGGAUGCACCGGUUGUAAGCGGUGGUUCCAUCUUCUCCUGGGGUACGAAAUUUAAAUACACCGGUAGGACAGAAAAAGAGGUUUUAGAAGAAACGGGUCCACUUCGGAAAGAAGAACCACCUAUACAGCGAUGUCAAACUACGUGUCUUAGAAGAAAAGCUAGUAGUGUGCCAGCUACCCCCAGUACCCCUAGUCAAGAUCUUGUUGAAAUAAGGUAUUCCAGUUUGCCACGUAGCUGUCUCAGCGCAGGUUUAGAUGGUGCGGGAAUGUCAGAAGGUAGUACUGGCGUUUCGUUCAGUUCGCCAUACUGCCCGGAUAAUACUUUGCCACUCCUAGAACCUGUUUCGGAGGACCAAGAAAUUCAUGGCAGAAGAAACAAUGCAGUAGACGAAAAAGAUACGCAUGUGAGAGCCACCCACAACACCACCACUACCACCACCACCACUACCACCAUCACUUUCAACACCACCACAAAUCGUGCGAAAGUUAGAAUGAAAUAUCCCAAGAGCACGCUGAACCGACCUCAACCGUUGUACAGUCAAAAAAUAGUAAUAGGCUCGGAGGAAUUAGUCGGCCGUGACAUCGAUAACGUCGUCAGGCAACGUAUAAACGCCCUCGAAAAAAGUCCGAAGGUGGUCAGAUCGACUGCGCUGAUAAUAAAGAGUUCUAAAGUACCGGCGGAGUCACUGAAAGCUGGUAAAGAAAUCGCGAACGAGACGUAUAUAUUCCCGACAGCCGAUUCGGGAACGAUCAUCACGACGGUGAUAGACGGUCCGUUCGAAUCUAACACCGGUAAGCCGAUCUUGCGCAGGUCCAACGAGCAGGUAAGCAUGCUCGCUCGUCAGGAGAAUGAGGUUACAUGUCGCGGCAUCGGAACCACGACGAAAACGGCAAACGGUUACAUUACAUCGGCAACAACUGACGUCGCAGACGUUAGAAACGGAGUCGAAGCCACGAAACGACGGGAAAGGACAGUCGGUCAGCACGAAUGUGUAAUUAACGACUACUACUUUAGAGAUUCUUUUGAUCACUCGUCAUCAGACAGUCAACUGUUGGACGCAUCCGGCAAACCACACAGUCCUUCGAUGACCCCGGUGCCGAAAAUGCAAAAACUUCAAAACUCGAAAGUCUGUCUUCAACAGCAGCAGCAACAGCAAUUCCAGCAUCAACGGCAACCUAGUCGGCGUUUAAAUACUAAAUUGAGGCACAAAAGUCUACGAAUCACGAGGCUUUUCAUUCCAGCUUUUAUGCUUACGAUGACAGUUUUGUUUAUUGUGAUCGUUCUGGUAUUUGAGACAGACACAACUCUAUUCAAUAAUUUGCGUAAGACGCCAGAAAUGGUGGCUUUACAGAACCAAUACUAUGUCCCCAUUAAGGAGUUCUUGAGGACAAAGCUCGGCCUAUUUUGAUGCGACCCGAUGAUGACCAGGCUGAGGUCGCCCUUUGUCGCUAAGUAACUUCCUUCAGUGCCAAGUCGAGAAGAUGUUGCCGAGACCAAGGAGCGAGAAUAACGUUUCUUUGUCAUGCGUCCUUUCUUCUUACGUGAAUCUACUUAGGGGAGAAUAACUUGUUUUUCUUACAUUUUCUUUGUUCUUUCUGUUUCCGAAUCGACACAGGUACA